ACACAUCGUUGGGUACUGCCACGGUCUCGGUCAUUCGGCUGACUGGACGCCUACCUAAAACACCACACACUCACGCCUGCAAUAGUUUUCCUUUAUUGUGAUUUAAGCACCACCUGGAGUUUGGAUGUUGCAAGGGACUCCUUCAACAAUUUGAAGCAAGCCCUAGUCACUUGUCCUACCCUCGCCUAUCCCUCUCAGAAGGCAACUGAUUACCAGCUUGUGACUGACAGCUCGAGCUUCGCAGUUGGCGCAGCUCUAUACCAGAUUAUAGAUGACACGCCUACGCCUCUAGGAUUUUAUUCCAAAAAGCUCUCUGACACUCAGAAAACCUAUUCCACCUAUGACAGAGAACUCUUAGCUUCUUAUUUGGCUGUCAUUCACUUUAAAACACUCAUUGAUGGCCACUCGGUCACCUUGUUCCUUGACCAUAAACCUUUAGUUUCUGCCUUCCAUUCUAAGUCAGUUGCAAAGUCUGAUAGGCAACAACGGCAACUUUCUUUAAUCUCUGAAUAUGUAUCAUCAGUAGUGUACAUCCGUGGGGACAACAAUGUUGUUGCCGAUUGUUUAUCAAGACCAUCAUGUGCAAUUUCAGUUGAUUCUUUCGACUUGUGUGGCAUAGCUCGUUCCCAGGAAGGUGACACCGAGGUCGGUUUGUACAAGGAGAGAUUAUCAAUUAUACCUUGCCCUCUAAUCUUGCUCUAUGAUGCGACACAUCUACCAACGCACCAAGACCGUUUGUUCCUUCUUCUCUUAGGAUAAAUGUCAUUCAUUCAUUACACGAUCUAUCUCAUCCUGGUAUUAAAGCCACUGCUAAAAUAAUUAAACAACGUUAUUUCUGGCCUUGUAUGGACAAAGAUAUAAAGGAGUUUGUAACGAAUUGUCUUAAAUGUCAACAAGCUAAAACACACAGACACACAAUAUCACCAGUUUCUCCUAUUUCUACUCCUACUGAUCGCUUCCAGACUGUUCAUAUAGAUAUUGUUGGACCAUUGCCUCCUGCUACUCUUCCUAACUACCCAUACCCUCUCCCAUACAGUUACCUUCUCACUUGCAUUGACAGAGCGACAAGAUGGACGGAAGCUAUACCUGUAAUAGACACCACCGCGAGCUCCGUCGCUAUUGCAUUCGUGGCUGGUUGGAUUUCUCGUUUUGGAGUACCGCUACAGGUAGUGACAGACAGACAGAGGUGCUCAAUUUGAAAGUGAGUUGUUUUCCGAGGUUUCCUCAAUUAUUGGCUUCCAUCACAUGCGAACAACUGCUUAUCAUCCUCAAGCGAACGGCAUCAUUGAACGCCAUCACCGCUCUCUAAAAUCAGCGACACGUGCUAGACAAGAGAACUGGUUUUAUGCUUUGCCCAUAGUCUUGGAUAUCGCUUGACACAUAAUAUGACCAGUUACUCGCCAUUCACUGCUGUCACAGGAACUCAUAUGUUGUGUCCUUCUGCAAUUAUCACUAAAGACUCGCCAAUAUCAACAAACAAAGAUACUAUACUCGUACACCGCUUGAUUAAAGAAAUGCAGGUCAUUGAUUUUUAUAACGUUUCAUCAGGUGAAUGUCACUCCUCAUCUAAACCAUAAUGUUCCUAACGUUCUGUUUUCAUGUUCAGAGGUCUGGGUGCGGAUUGACAGAGUUCGCAAAAGUUUAGAAGCUCCUUAUUCGGGACCUUAUGAAGUAAUACAACGUGACCCGAAAUAUUUCAUCCUCAGACUACCUCAGGGUGACACGUCUGUAUCUAUUGACCGUUUGAAGCCAGCUUAUAUACCAAUCACCAGACAAGCACCAUCUAAUGAUAGAGAUGACCUGACUACGUCUACCUUAGACUCUAAUUCAUCUCCUUUGCCUGAUAUCUCUGCUUCUACACCUUCCCCUUCUGCUCAUUUCCAGUCUGAUCUUCCUCGCCAUACCAUACCUAACUUCCCUCGUACAACUCGUUCAGGGAGGACAGUGUAUUUCAAUCAACACCCUCACUAUUUAUAUUACUAGGUGAACUCCGUUCUUGAGGGGGGAGUAUUGUAGGAGUACAUAGAUACACCAUUAGAAGUUCGAGGUAGGUUCCAGUAAUGCGGUUAACAUCUCGUUGGGUACUGCCACGGUCUCGGUCAUUCGGCUGACUGGACGCCUACCUAAAACACCACACACUCACACCUGCAAUGGUUUUCCUUUAUUGUGAUUUAAGCACCACCUGGAGUUUGGGCUUCCUGACAGCACUGAAUUGCUGGAAUGUACGAGUCACCACCAAGCAGCAGGAUUUCUUCAUGGUGACCAAGAUUGGUGCAUUGCUCAUUGUCAUCAUUGCUGGCAUCGUCCACCUUUGCAUGGGCAACACUGGGAACUUCCACAACUCCUUCCAGGGCACCAGCACUGACCCAGGCGAGAUAGCUGUCUCCUUCUACUCAGGCAUAUCUUCCUAUGCUGGAUGGAACUACCUCAACUUCAUGACGGAGGAGCUGAAGAACCCAUUUGUUAACCUGCCCCGGGCCAUCUACAUCUCCCUGCCACUGGUGACGCUGGUCUACGUGAUGGCCAAUGUUGCCUGCCUGGCUGUGCUCUCCCCUGUCGACAUGCUGGCCUCUGAUGCCAUUGCUGUUACCUUUGCUGACCGUCUAAUGGGCAGCGGCAGCUGGGUGAUGCCCUUGCUGGUGGCCCUCUCAGCCUUUGGUGGUCUCUCAGUGCACAUCAUGACUUCCUCCAGGCUGUGCUUCGUGGGUGCAAGACAAGGCCACUUCCCAGACAACCUUGCUCUCAUCAACUGCAAAUGCAACACUCCAAUGUCUUCUCUCAUCUUCCUGGUGAACAUCAUCGUUCCCAUCGCCUUCCUGCUGGUGUGUGGCUUCCUGGUGUUUCUGCUGCUGUAUGUGCGGCCAUAUGAGGUGGGCAAGGGCCUGCUCAUCACUGGCUCUGGGGUGCCUGCCUACUUCCUCUUUGUGUACUGGCAGAACAAGCCAAAAAUUGUCAGAACAGCACUUGACCAACUCACUGUUUGGACACAGUUGCUCUUCGUAUCUGUGAAAACUGAGUGAGGAGUGACUGACUGCACCUCCUCUACCAUUACUACCAUCACUGCUGCUGCUACUGCUGCUGCUGCUGCUGCUGCUGCCCUACCACAGCUGCCAAGAAAUGCACUUGUGUGUGUGUGUGUGUGUGUGUGUGUGUGUGUGUCAUCAUAUCAUACAGCCUUCACAUAUUUUAUCCACUUGGUUAUGGUUCUGUGCAUCAUGGCAAAUCACACUGCUGGUAGACAAUGGAUAUCUGAAAUGUUCCCUACUUUAAUCCCCUCUGAACUGCUGUUACUGCUGCUGCUGCUGGAUCCUUGGUGAUCUGUUUGUAUUUUUGCUCAAGUGGCUUGUGUGUGUGUGUGUGUGUGUGUGUACUGAUGGACCUUGGGAGGGCAGCUGGAUGGUGUGAACUGUUGUCAGUGAUGACAACAUGCACACACACAUGUGGCAAAAGCAACACAGCAGCAGAUUUGUCAGCCUGGAUAUGCUCUUUGUAAUCUGUGAUACUUUUCAGAAGGGGAAUAUUGAAGGUUUUAUACAUUAUUUAUUAGUUAUUGUAUUUUGGUCAUAGGCUGAUUUUGCACCACUUUAGCUGAUAAUUUGAAAUUGGUUCUGAACCCAAGAAAUACUUGAAGGUGCAAUUUUCAGAUAAAUUAAAUAGUAUUCCAAUUGUACAUAGAGAUAACAGAAAGUAAGUGAGAGUAUUACAUAACUGUUUUUGGUAUUUUGAUUUUUAGGUUUUCACCAAGAGGGUUGUUAGUCCUGGUCUUUGCUUACUGCCUGUCUGGACCUCACAGUGGUGAUGGGAAGCCUCAAGCGUGUGACUGUCUGGCAGCUGUGUGGGCCAUUCUGGAUGAGUAUGUGCUGGAUGGAUGUUAACUGGCACCACAUGAGCUUAUUUGUUGGCAGAUCCAGAUGUUGGGAGUACCACAGUUGCUGAGACAAUGAGGCAGUCCUGUUAGGGAAGUUUAGUGACUGAACACUGAAGGUUGACCAAACUCCUCUUGGGCUACAGCUAUCAUUGUACUCAUAGCUCAAUGGGUAAAGAGUUGUGUACCUUGAAUGUUUUGAUGGGAAUCCUAGUGCUAUUCCCCUUAUGCCUUGCUCAGCAGGUGUCUGUGAGACCUGUGGAUGGUGGUGUUAUCACAGUCAAAAAUGUUUUAUUGUCCCACACUUUUCCCAUUGUCUUCAACAUUUUCCCUUAGUAUCAAGUCCAAUAAUCCACAGACUCUCCUCACAAAUAUAACAGGUGACAGAUGCUAAGGAGGUGACAGGACUUCAGAUUGAGGGAAAUGCUAAACACUGGGAGUGAGUGUGGCAAAUUACAUGACCUCUGACCAGACUAGACCAACAGGAUAAAUGAACAUGGCCUAACUCCAGGCUGUGCUGUGUGGAGGCAGUCCUGGGGUGAGGUGACAGCUGGUGUGACAGUCAUAGUCACUGGAGCAGCCAAGAAGCCUCACGACAAUUAUAAAUUGAUUAGCUUUGGCACAAGCCUUUGUUAUCAGCUAGGCUUGCCUCCUUCACAAUGCUCCUGUCUUCCCCUCUGGUGGUCAGCCACUGCCUGCACCUCUGCCUUGUAGGGAAUUUACCUCCUGCUCAUGAGUGACACGAUGAAGAAAAGGAAAUAAAUGUACAUCUUUUCAUCUCUGCAUGGGACAAAUGAGGGCUGUGUGUGUGUAUUUCAUAAUUUAUCUUAUUUUUUUUCUGGGCAUUUAUGGUGCUGAAAGACAAGAAAAUUCAUGCAUACAUUAUGAUCACUCAUUAUUAAUCUUUUUAUUUUAUUAUCCUUUUCAUUAUCAUCAAGACCGUGCUGGGCUUAAAUUAAUGUGUGUGUGUGUGUAAUUAUAGAUAUGUAGUUGUAUUCAUGUCCGGUGGCAAAUCAGAUAUAUUUUGCUUAUUGGUGAGAGAGAGAGAGAGAGAGAGAGAGAGAGAGAGAGUAGUUUUGGCCCAACAGUGAGUAAUGAUGAUGUGUAAAGCAUAUUCUUCUAGGAGCAAAUGAGGCAAUGUGUCCGCCAGGCAUCAACAUGUCACUUCAUUGUUACCAUGUUUUUAAGCAUGAAAUAAAUGUGCCUUUUUUACA